AUGGACUCCGAGAGCAUUCGGGCCAUGGCUGAAGACGGCCCAAACCGCCCAUUGACUGAUUCUCUGAGCAGCGAGAACUCCUAUCUCCUAAGCCAGCAAUUACUUGCAUUUAACAAGCUGUUAAAGAGCAACGCUGACCGAAAGAUCGAGAUCAUAUACUUCUACGAAACAGAAUUGUCUCCUACGGCAAAAAAACUAAUAACCAAGCAGGAUAAUGAUGGAAAGUGGGCCAUGAAUGGGCCAGAAAAACUGCUUGUUCCACCGGCUUCCGCCUCACUACAGUGGGAUGGUGAGCUCAGUAACCCUGUCAAGCGCAGUCAUUCUGAGAUGGUCAAGUUUGGGCCGUACGAUGAUGAGUGGCAGAAAGUUUCAGGCCAUCUCCGAGACCUUGUCGAUCGGGUUCUAAGGCGCCAAGGGGAAGAAGAAGCCAGUAUGUUACCAAUUACCCGUAGGGCGGCCAACACAGAGAAAGGGACGUUAAUCUCAACUCAACUUAAUGUAGAAGUGGCUUUGAAGAUCCAGCAGGCGGCCGAUAGGGCCAUGGAGCAAUGCAGCGAAUUACUUGGCCUCAAACCCUCGAACAUGGACAUCCGGAGUGACGCUCUUGCGCAGGUUCGCCUCCCAGAUACGUGUAAAUGGUUGCUGAAUGAUCCAGGAUUUCGUGGAUGGAAAAAUGAUUCAGUCGAGCGACAUCAAAAUCACUUAAAAGUCUUACUAUUGAAAGGCAAGCCUGGCUCUGGAAAGUCGGUCGCGAUGAAGGCUGCACUCGACAAUUGCGUGGAAGACGGCGGUGAGAAAUCAAACGCUCGGAUCACGCUGUCCUUUUUCUUUGAUGCCCGCACAGGGAACCAGCAUUCGGAGACUGCCAUGUAUGGAGCUCUGUUGAUACAGCUGAUGGCUAGGCUUGAUGCCGGAGUGUUGCUCAAUCUCAAGCAUGACAUCAUCAAACGCUUGAAAUAUCUGGACGGUGGUGGUAAAACAGCAGGAGUUCAGGAUGCUAUUCAUCUUGUGCUAGGACAUCUCAAAUUCCAACGGCUUUUCAUAUUCCUUGACGCUCUAGACGAGUGUGCAGACUUAAACAUUGGGGGGUUAGUCUGCUUUUUCGACCAGAUACUGAAAAACACACGAGAUGGAAUCCUCAGAGUGUGCCUCUCCUCCUGCACGCCAGUCCUCUUCGAGGGCAUUCUAGACACAGUUUCGAUUAAUGUGUCGGAAAAGAACCAGUCGGAUAUUGACAAGCUCCUGAUGGAGAAUUUAAGAUGGCUAGAGCGCAUUCGACCCAAGAACUUCCAGAAAAUAGUCACAAGGCUCUCAGCCCGCGCGUCUAAUGUCUUUCUAUGGGCAGACCUUGUUGUGGAACACAUCGGGAAGCAAGAUAUUGGACGUUGGAGAUCAGACCGAGAGCUACUUGGCUACAUUGAUCACAUGCCGGCAAAGCUCACGGAUUUGUAUCGGCAUCUGCUUCAUCGGAUAAACCAGGAUGACCGAACCGAAGCAUGUGAUUUAAUUAUGCUAAUACAAGUCGCCAAGAAACCACUUACAGUUGACGAGGUCAGGUCGAUGCUAGCAUGCUCUAAAGGCUCCGGCGAGCAGCCGUUCAAUAUAGAAGAUGUUGACAUCGUUGGCCGGAUUCAGUCCCUUUCCUGUGGGCUUAUCGAGUGUCGGUCUACUCGUUAUGCAACAAGCUCUGUCGUCCAGUUCAUUCACAGAUCUUUCGGUGACUUCCUUGUCAAUGAUGCUGGACUAAGCCUCGACGGACGGAUCGCAACGAACCCUCUAGCAAAGUUCCAUCUUCGCAUCUUCGGGCUCUGUAUGCGCACAAUUGGAUACAGAAUAGAGCCUAGGGAUGCAGACAAGUUCCUACCUUAUGCUGCGCAGUUCUGGAUGACGCACGCCAGGGAGGGUGACGUGAGCAUCGAGGAAGACUUCCAACUUCCAAGUGCACUCCAUGAUUGUGAUACUUACGAUGCCAAAAGGGUUCUCAAGCUUUUCAAGAAAUUCGACUCCUAUGAUUCUUAUAAGCACUUCAGUCGCAGAGAAGAAGUCCCCAAUAGCAUUUGGCUUGAGUCAGAAGAUAGCUUGAUAGUGUUUCUGGCGUUCGAAGGCUGCAACAAGCUCGUUUCUCGCCAUCUGACAACUUGCCGAAAAUGCCAAUCACCCAGCGAGCAUGGGGUGUCUGAUCUCGAAAAAGCGUUCUUCCUGGCGGCGUACCACGGUUUCACGCCCACCGCCGAGGUAAUUCUAGAUGGUGCUGCCGCUGUCGGGGCGAGCAUUGACGUCGACGCGGUGGUCGGCGGCACGACAGCAUUGUACGCAGCGUGUCUGAAAGGGAAGACUACAACCGUCGAGUUCCUCCUACAGCAUGGGUGUGCCGUUUCCAAAGGCCUGUGCCAACCGUACCAGUUUGCUCUCCACGCCGCAGCUGCUCACGACGACGAGGGCGUCGUUGACGCCAUUUUGAAGCACCAACACGGUUGUGGAUCUGAUAUUGGGAGGUUGCUCUCAGCUAAGACUGAUGCUGGGUACACGGUGUUCCAUCAGGUUAUCCUAGAGGGUCGGACCAGGGCUCUUGAGAGACUACUGUAUGAGAUCAAGGAUGAAGUUACGGCCCAAGCGCUGAGGGAAAGGACUAAAGGGAACAGGACGGCAUAUGAGCUUGCUAAGUGGCUGAAGAUGAGCCUUGGAGAGCCUGAUGCGCCAUGCGUGCCAGCUGAUGAGGCUACGCUCAAUCAUGCGACGGCGGAGUUGGAGAUAUUUGAGCAAAGGUAUCCAGCAUUGAAAACAAGUGAAGGGUGA